CGCUGCGUGUGUCUGGCUGUGUAGCUGCUGCACAGUUGGCUGUGUGUAUGUGUGUGAGUGUACGUGUGUGUGAGUGUCUGAAUGCCUGCGACUUGGUUAUUAUGAUUAUGAGUAUUAUUUUGAGUUUUCUUCCCCCCUCUGAAUGAAGCUGUAGGAGUGAAGUAGCGGUAUGUGCGGUGAGUCCCUUUAGAGGAAAAAAAAAAAAAAAAAACACAUGAAGAAAAACAGCAACGUAGACUCCAAUGAACUCGAAAAUAACAAGUUUUGCUCCGCGCAGCCUGUGAAAACAAGCCACAACUACGCACUUUCACCGGUGUCGCCGUAUCAUGUUUGCGACUCGAGCUAACUUUGGGCUAAGAGUGUGCAGCUGCUCACCGUUUUUUUUUUUUUUUUUGGUCGGCAGUUAAAAGUCAGGUCUUAACAACCCCGUGUGCCUUCUUUUUAAACGUGUAAAAGUCGCGUAUGUCACCUAAACAAGUUGUAACGUAGUAGUAAUAAUAAGGUAACAGAAUAGUAUAAGCCAUAAGCUACUCAAAGAAAACAUGCUGAAGACGCUGACGAAGAAGCUAAGAAGACAUUCCCUCAAUGAGAUUCAUCCUUUCCAGCUGAAGAUUUCUUACCACGGUGGUGGAGAGGGAGUGGAGAGUGAUGACUCGGAGGGGGAGAACCAGGAACUUGCACAGAUAGACAGAGAAAGACGGAGAAAUUGUGCCCUCACCCCCUUGGCCACCAGCCAGCAGCACAACCAGGGUCCCCUCUCUCCAACUCGAUUACGCCGCCUCCGCCUCCUCUUAGAUGCCAAUCUGGAUCAUCACUCUUCAGAGGAAGAGCUUGAGCGAAUCAGCCGUGGUGACAACAGGAAGUGGGUGUCUGCACUUCCACAGCGCCAUGGAGAUCACCUCAGCAGUGCCUCCAGUGAUGAGGAGGUGCGGGACCUCUGUGGCUGCGGGUCCCCUGCUGCCUCUGCUAGGCAGCUGGUUGAGCCAGGCGCUUGCUUGGUUGCAUCCCCAAGUCCCGUGCUCUUUAGCUCCAGUCCGCCACGAAGCUUCAAGCCACCUCCCAUGCGCUUUCAGCUGCAGGUGGUUCAACCAGUGGCACGACCUAUUAUUUUGACCCACUUUGACCAGACAGCACCUUACAGAAAGCAUCGGCACAGCUACGGCGGGGAGCCAGGGAGGCCCAGUCUGGACCUGGAAAAAAUGCAGCAAAAAAUGCUGCUAAAGAAGAACUGUGGAGGCAAAACACGGACGAUAAAGAUUCGGAAUCUGACCGGCAGUCGUCCCGCGCCCAGGUACACUUACGAUCCCUCCAUCUUCGCCUUCCGCUCCCUGAGCACAGUUCCUCCCUGCAGUCCACUGACCACAUGUGAGGACCCUCCCUGCUCUUAAGAAAAAUCCAUCCACCACCACAGCAUUCUCUCUUUACUCUUUUACUUCAUUCCCAGGAAAAACCUUUUUUUUGUGUGUGUUGCUUAUGCUGCAAGACCAAGGAAUGACUCUUAUGAGACUGACCACUAGAAAAGACUUUUGUUUGAUGGCCGAACUAUUGCACACUCAGGUAACGCCGUCACUUUGACCUUUGGAACAUCUUGGAGAACAAACACACACAUCAUUUCUAAGGAUUCUUCAGGUAUUUGCAAACGUGUAAACGUGUCUCUGAACGGAUACUUUGAUGAGAGGAAGUCACUUAAUAUGGACUGUGGACCAGAGCAGCAACACGAGGUCAACCGAGGGUGAAACUUGAGAAAAACUUGGACCGGUCUAAAGGGAAAUGAUGCAUGUAAGACAAUCAAAAUAAUUCCACGGUUCCUUCCUUCCAUGUGAAUUCUGCACAUGUUGUGAGUUUCUUAGUAACUUCAUGUACUAAACAUGGUGGGGUGAAUCGUCUGGUAUCAGUGGUCGCAUUAGUCUGUCUGAAAAACCAAGUGUUAUAGAAUACGCAGGUCAUGAUGACCAGCUGUAACAAACAUGUAUGACUGUAGCUGAUUAAUAGACCUCUGAUGAUGAUGUACGACUCUUCAUGAAUGUGUCACUUUUAGUCCAGCUCAGAGUUGAAGUACUUGUAUCCUCUUUGCAUGCAUGAAAAUCCCACUGUUGUGCAGAAAGAGAGUUAUCGGGAGUAAAAAGGAGUUGUGAGAAAGAUUUGCUACACAUUCAGUUAGUGCAACUGGUGCUGUGUUAUGCAUAGCCUACUGUGUGUAGUGUACCAUUUAAUAUUUUUACCUCCUUACUACGUAGGUAGAAGUGGACCACUGGUACAGAUAAAACAUCCCAGUGUUUUUUUUUUGUUUUUGUUUCUUUCUGACGAUCUCUUAAUGCCUUUCAAUCACAUUCCUCUUGCGUUGUUUAUCGAUGAAAUAGCUCUCAGCUCAUGUUCAAGCACAAAGUCACCACUUUAACUAACAUUUCUCCGGAGUGAAUGUAACAUUGCAACAUAUUUCUGUCCACUGUUGCACAAAAUGAAUCAAUAAACGCCCUGUGGCCUCUUGGUUCGGGGGAUUAUUCAUUUUCAGUUGACAAAAUAAAGGAAAAAACCCAAGUAACUUUUGUUUUCUUUUCGUUUUGCUCCAUGUGUCAGCCAUUUUAGGACAAUUGAUGUGUCAUUUUCCUUUAUUUUGUCACCCAUUUGUUAUUUCACAUCAUAGUUUUUGCUAUGGUGUAAGUUUAUAUAAAUAGGGGCACUGGACUCCUGUUUUUAGUGAAACCAGAAAUAGAUCUUUAAUCUUG